AUGGACUCCGCAUGCAGCACAUUCUUCGGCAUCCCCGAACUGGUUGCCUCUCUCGCCAAAAUCCUCUCAACACAGGAUCUAAUUCAACUCUCCCGGACUAACCGCGCCAUCAAUACUGUCUGCUCUCCGCUCACAUGGCAAUCCGUCAACCUCGAAUCAUUACGAGAUUCCAUCAAACUUCUCAACUCUCCUGAAGCACUGCAGGCCUUUGGCAACAACAUCACCUCGGUACGUUCCAUCACCCUGCGACCAAAGUUUUCGUGGUAUUACCUUUACACCCUCUGGGCCUAUCUCAACAUCACUGCCUGGCCACCCCACCGAGCCAUUUCGAUCGACGCCCUCGCUCACAAGGAUUGGGGUGGUAUGCUCUAUGCUCCCUGUCUAAAGAUUCGGCGCCUGCCACCAUUGCUCCGUCUGAGUCGAUUUGAGGCGUCGUUGCACAGUUAUCCUGCGGAUAAGAUGGUGCCUGAUCUUCCAGCGUUUGAUUCCUACAAGCACGUCCAUCACCUCCUGUGGCUCGUACGACUCAACAGCGGCACUUUGACCCAUGUGGCAUUCACGAGCCUGAGUCUCGAGUCGCAUGGAUCGGUCCGGGAUGUAUGCAGAACAAUAUCCCAGCUUCACCACCUCCAGACCCUACGAUUGAGCUGUUCGAUCUCACACAAGGCGUAUGAGGCCAUCUUCUUCAGUUGUCCGAGCUCCUUGGUCGAACUCACCUUGGCGUACAGUGUUGACAGUCCAGGGUCCGCUACGGUUUCCAUUCCGGCUGCAGGAGAUUGGGAUUUCGACCAAGGUCCUCUCGUUCUUCGCGACACCCCCCUCCAUCACCUCGUGUACCUUGCCCUUCCCGGAAUGGCGGCUUCUGACAUGGCUCCCUUCAUCCACACCAUCCUUGGCCACUCUCCUGCCCUUAAAACCCUGAAGUUCCCUUUUUUCGACUAUCUCAGCAUAUCGUCCAUCACCAAGGGGAUCGCUGAGCUCUGUCCACGUCUCACGCACUUGUCAUUCCCACAGGGCGGUCGAGAUCUUCAAAUUACGAACGUUCUCGAGGGCUUUCCGGUGCAGCAGCUGCAAAGUCUAUAUUGUUCGUCUCUCAUGGAACCUGUCUGGACGUCGCUGGUCGCUACCUGGAAAAGACAUUCGACUACCCUUCGGAGGAUCGAAUUUACAAACACGUCGCAUUUUUCGGGUUUGAUCAUUAAAGGAGCGCUGACGACUUGUGAGGCCUUGGAGACGUUUAGGGUGACGGGAAAUGCAGGUGUCGUGUCCUUGUCGCUUGACAAUGCAGUCGAGUCCGAAUGGGUCUGUAAAAGGAUCAAAGUUUUGGACAUUGUUGUUCUGAUCUAUGCGCAUAAAACGAGCCCAAAGUUCACGACCGACCCAAGCAAGGAGACAUGGACCAAAGACGACCAUCGAAAUUGGGAGGUUCUCGGGAAGUUUUAUUCUCGGAUCGGAUCCCUGACGGAGUUACAGGAGUUGAAUCUCCAAACUGUGUCAAGUACCUACAAACCAGCACCAUCCUCAGAGACAGCGUUUCCUGGACUAUUCGCUCUGGAGGAUGCGGACAGUGGGCAGAUUGGACACUUGUCAAAGCUUACGGGGCUGACCAAACUGCGAGUACUUCGAGGAUCUGUUCGCUGGACGAUUCCGGAGGUGAUGGAGAGAAUCGGCAAGCGUGAGGUGGAUUGGGUUGUUGACCACUUGCCUGCUCUCAGGGUGGCGACGUUUGUUCUCCAGAACAAGAACGGGAUGAUUGGAGCGCGCCCUAUCCGUCAUCUUCUUCGAAUCUUGGAGAAGAAGCGACCCGAGCUCAAGUUCUGCCAUGCCGUUGCUAAAAAGAAAUAA